AGAAAUUUUGGGAUGCACUAACACUAGGAAUAAGAUAAAAGCGCGUUGGAGAAUCUCAAGGAAACUUUCUUCUUCCCCAAAUCAAACUUGAUCUUCCGCAGACAAUCAACUCCAUUACUAGCCAUCAAGAGCUUACAAGAUCACAAUUUCGUCUUUCACGUUCAUCAAUUUCACUUCUUAAAGCCUUUACCUAAAACCUCUAGAGGAUUUAGUUGUCGAAGAAGAUGGAGAAAGUCAUGAACAUAAUAAAACCAAAACCUAAUCCGCAAUUGCUCUUACGCGAUUGGCAACGCCGUCUCCGCCAUGAGUGUCGCAACAUCGACCGCCAGAUCCGUGAUAUACAGAGAGAAGAGAAAAACGUUCAGAAAGCAAUCCGAGAAGCUGCUAAGAGAAACGAUAUGGGUUCUGCUAAGUCACUUGCUAAAGAGAUUGUGCAAUCAAGAAGAACUGUGAAUCGCCUCUAUGAAAACAAAGCUCAAUUGAAUUCAAUAUCAAUGCAUCUAGGCGAAAGCGUUGCUAUUGCACGAACUGUGGGGCAUCUUUCCAAGAGUGCUGAAGUGAUGAAAAUUGUCAAUAACCUAAUGAAAGCUCCCGAAAUGGCAAUCACAAUGCAAGAAUUCAACAAAGAAAUGACCAAGGCUGGUGUAAUUGAAGAAAUGGUCAACGAUGCUGUUGACUCAGCACUAGAUUCAGAAGACUUGGAAGAUGAGAUUGAUGAAGAAGUUGAUAAGGUCUUAACUGCUAUAGCUGGUGAGACUGCUGCAGAGCUUCCAGAAGCUGUAAGGAAAGAGAGGUUAAAGCAACCUGCUAAGUCAAAUGAAGAAGCAGAGGAUGAGGGUGUUGAUGAUGAGGAAGAGAUGGAAGAAAUAAGGGCGCGACUUGCUAAAGUAAGAUCAUGAUUUGGUAUUAAUUUGUGAGUCGAUUUGUAUUAUAUUUGAAAUGAUUGCAAUCGUGUGGAAAAUAUAUUAUUAUGUUCACACCUUGUUAUUUAUGAAGUUUUGUAAUUUCUUGUUAUUUGUUGUUUGAACAAAAUAGCAGCAUAUAGUUAUAUCACAAACCCUUUGUGAAGA